AUGUCUACCUUGAAGAAUCUGUGGCGAUGUUUUCUCGAGACUGUUGGUCAAGAUAAGAAGAAGCGGGAUAUUGCUGCAAGGUAUCAAAGGUCAGUGGAUACAGUGCAAAGGAAGCUUGAUGAUGUCUUGAGUGCUAUUCUCAAGUUUGUAGUGGAUACAUUAAGACCACAGGAAGGCGAGUUUGGAAGAGUAAAUCAUGUUUUGAGGAAUGAUGAUCGGUAUUGGCCUCAUUUCAGAGAUUGUAUCGGAGCACUUGAUGGAACGCAUGUCCCAGUUCGCCCUCCAAGUCAAAAUGCAGAAGCAUACAGAGGCAGGAAGCAAGAUCCUACAAUGAAUGUUCGUGCUAUAUGUAACUUCGAUAUGAAGUUCAUAUAUGCAUAUGUCGGUGUACCUGGUAGAGCACAUGAUACAAAAAUCUUGACUCAUUGUGCGAGGAACGAGGCUUCUUUUCCACAUCCUCCUCCUGAAAAAUAUUAUCUAGUUGACUCCGGAUAUCCGACCAGGACAGGGUAUCUUGGUCUGCAUCGUAAUAUGCGAUUUCAUCUUGGUCAAUUUGCUACAGGAGGACCACCAGUUAGUGCACGAGAGUUGUUUAACCGAAAGCAUUCAGGUUUGCGAUCAGUGAUUGAGAGGACAUUUGGAGUAUGGAAAGCAAAAUGGAGGAUUUUAGAUCGUAAGCAUCCAAAGUAUGGUCUGGUCAAGUGGAUUAAGCUGGUGACAGCGACGAUGGCGCUACACAACUUCAUACGUGAUUCACAUCGGGAAGAUCAUGAUUUUGUACAGUGGCAAAGUGGUGAUGGUGGAGAAGGAGAAGAAGCUGAUAGUGACGAUGAGCCAGCCGGUGAUAGAGCGAUGGAAGCUUUAUGUGAUAACAUCACAAAUGAAUAUGGUAGAGGUCGUUUACCGUUUUAA